AUGUUUAUCCCACCACCUGCGAUCUUAAAACCAGCAGAACUGUGGACGGGCAAGCAGCCUAUUGAAUUGAUUAUUCGGCCUGAUGCGGAUUCUGAGAUAAAUUUGAACUUGAAGACGAGGAACAAAAGCUACACGAAAAAUGAAGAUCUAUACAAGUCUCUGCUAGGAUCGGGCUCCAAAGUAAACAUUUUCUACAUACUUCUAAGAGAUUUUGGUGAACAUGCGGCCGUGGAUGCAAUGUGGCGCUUAGCGCGAAUGGCGCCCGUGUAUUUGACUAGCCGUGGCUUUUCUAUCGGCAUUGGUGAUGUAAAACCGUCAGAAAGAUUGCUUAGUGAACGAAAAGCUCUCAUCAAUGAUGCUUCUGGACGACUCAAGACGCAACCCGGCUGCAGUGAAAAAGAAACACUUGAGUCUUCGAUUCUUCGAGAAUUGUCCGUGGUUCGUGAUCACGCAGGUCAAGUCUGUGUCAAGAGUCUCAGCUCACAUAACGCACCCCUUACAAUGGCUAUCUGUGGAUCAAAAGGCUCGUUUAUUAACAUCUCUCAAAUGAUUGCUUGCGUUGGUCAGCAAGCCAUUUCGGGACAUCGACCUCCUGAUGGAUUUGAAAACCGAUGUCUUCCGCAUUUUCCCCGAUAUCAAAAUACACCGCAAGCCAAAGGAUUUGUCGAAAACAGUCUGGACUUACAUCAACCGAGUUCUUUUUUCGCACGAUGGGUGGACGAGGGGGCCUUGUCGGUACAGCGG